AUGCUUGAACAUGGCUACCAUAUUAUCGUGCCGAUGCUGUUUACACUGGCUGGGUGCGUUGUGAUGAUCACAACACUCAACGUUGGUGCCAGAUAUUUCUCGAUGAUUUUGCUGGUCACCGGACCAUUCCUCGGCCUCAAUGUACGUUCAUGGGAUUUCUUUCUUUCUCGAAGAAUCUCCAUUAUUGACUGGAACAGCUGCAAAUUUCUUGGGAGACAACUGUCGUACCUCGACCACGAACGAAAAGAGCCGCUCUCAUUGUAA